AUGGCGCGAGGUCGAGCUCCCAAACCGCCGGUGCGCGGCGUAGGUCCCUUGGACGGGACCGUGGACAAGGACAGAGAAGCAUUCGAGAUGCGACAGUACGAACUGAUCCUGCAACUGCAGGACACCAUCUUGUCCGGCCGACACCCGACAAUCCGGCUGCCUCAGAGUCACAAUAGUGCCGCACAGCCACUGGCUGGUGGCUCUGCUGUGUCAAGGACAGACACAGAUGCGGACCGCGCGAGUCGCACCGACGGCGCGCAGCCAGCUUUGAUGAGUAGUGGAAAGGGCAAAGCAAAGGCUCCGGUUGCUGCGGACGCGUCGACGUCGAGCACACCGAGGCCUUUCGCAACGGGGAGCGCUACUUUUAACCCGAUACUCCUCGAAAAGUCCGAGGAACUGGUGCAGGCCGAGCUGACGCUGCAACGGCAAAGACUCGAGCGCGCCCUGAAAGACGAAGUCGACCGGCGACGAGGGCCCAAGGCCUCGCAAGCGGAGAAGCAAAACGCAGAGCUUGAUCUGUCCGAUGUUCUCUCCAAGGCCCACGCCCUCGUUCCCGAGGUCGAGGAGCCUCUCCCGCCUGCUCCUGCUCCUGCUCCUGCUGCUGCUGCCGUGCCAGUUGAAGACGGGUUGACUGAUAACAAGGACGCUGAAAGUGACUCGUUCGAUGACGAUACCUUUUAUUCCUCACAGCACGAGACACCUCAAUCUCACAUGGCUUCUCGAGUUCGCAACGCAUCUGAAGCAGCACACAGUCCCACCGUUGCCGCCAGCCAACUGGCACCCCCGGCCCAGACCGGCGAUCGCCCGCAGCCCAGCCAUCAACCAGCCCGCGUCCCUGGGCAGCCGGCUGCGAAUAUAGGAGCGCGUGUCGAUGCCCAGCCUAUUCCGCUCGCGAACGCAGCCACGGCGAUUUCGCAUACCAGCAUGGUCCCAGGGCUGAAUAACUACGUCGGCGUGGAAGAAGCCACGAACCGAUUCGUACAGGGCCCGGCGAGCGGCGAACAGAGUUUAUCAGACGACUCGGCAAACAUGGAUUACGAGCCCCCGGAAGCCGAGGACAUUACGAGCCAUAUCCCGCAACAGGGUGACUCGUACAUGGAGAUGCAUCCCCCGUCACCGCUUGUGAGGAGUCAUGCUCUUCAGCCGCUGGCGCCUCGACCGUCUCAGGUCUCAUCGUUGGCUGUCGCUGCCCAGGAGCGGGUGCCUAUCCAGCCAACGGUUCCCCGCACACGGGGCACACCGGCACAGGUUGCUGCUCUACGCAAUGAGCACUCCACGGCGACCAGUCCUGACAGCUCAUCCCAAGGUGGAAAGGGCUCGGAAAAGAAGAAGGGGAGGAGGAAGAAGAGGAAGGCGGACCGGCAAGUGCCAGACGCCAAUGUCAGCCCCUACAUCAAGCCCGAGCCUCGGUCUCCGUCGCCGAUUUUUGCUCCAGCCUAUAUCAGGCCGAAUAAACGCCAACGUCAGGCUCAGGGUCGUGUCGUCGAUCUCGAGUAUGAGCCGAGACUCGAACCACCACCGGCCAACGGGCAUGCGGGCCAAGUCCUAACCCAGCCGUAUAGGGACGAACGCAUCCCGCUGGGCUACGAAAGCGCCGGUGUAUAUCCUCAACGAGCAGCCAGCAUGGCGUAUCCCGGCGAGCCGAGAUACGUGCGGCAGUAUGUCGACGACCACAGGAUGCCAGCCGAGGGUCACCUACGGAGCUAUGGCCCGCAGAGCACGCUACCUGUGCCGUAUCCGCCCAGUGUGGGCUAUGCCUCCCGGCAGGUCCCUCCGCCCAUCGCUGGCGACGGUUACCGAGAACAGCCGCGAGCCUAUGGCGAAUUCCCGGGAGACCGGAUACGUGUCGCGUCUGACGGCGAAUCGUUCGGUCCCGCGCCGGGAGCCGCCCCGCCUCGAAUGGUAGUUGAUGAGUUCGGCCGUGAGUACUAUGACCCAGCUCAUCCUGCUGUACAACGCCCCAUGGCUUCGUCGGUGGGUCCCGGCGAACCCGGUGUAGUCUACGAACGGCUGCCGCCCCGAACGGCGUCCCGGCAGGCCGGGCCCGAGCCCCGCGGCGAUGGCGUCAGGCACAGCACGCAGGCACCACCAGCAUAUGCCGUCAUGCCGAGGCGCAUUGUGACCCAGCCUGAGUAUGCUGGGUACGACUACCGAGACGGCCGUGGACGCGAGUAUUCCGCGCGGCCAAUGGCGCCGCCGGGGGAGUUUGUGGAAGUCGGAGGGCCUCGCGAAAGAAGGUACUUCGGCGAGGCGCCAGGGCAUCUAGCCAGAGCCGCAAGCAUGAUACCGGUGGAUGCAGUACGGUACGAGAUGCCGCCGGGCUACGGGCGUGUGCAGAGCGUGCGGCCCGAGGUGCCAGGGCGCGAGUACGCCGCAAGCGUUCACCCGGACAGUCACCGCGAGCUCGCCCAGCCAUAUGUGCGGAGCUACGGCGCGCCGCCGCUGGGAGACUAUCGCCACCCAUCGCAUGCCCCUCCUGGCGGCGAGAUUGCCUUCAUAGAGCGGCCACGGGGCGCGACACAGGAGAUUGUCUACGCGGACGACGCGAGGAGAGAGAUCUACCGCUAG